AUGACUUGCGGAAUUGCAAAUGUACUUGCUAUGCGCGAGAUGAUUGCUGCGGGAUACCGUAUUACCAUGGAUACUGAUUUUGACAAUGCCUUUGUUGUGCAUUGCGAUGGAGACAGAGAGAUGCGAUUUGUGAAUUGUAAGGGUGUGUAUGUGUUGGAGCAACUUGGAGCGGAUGUCGAACCAGGUGCCAAAGAGACAAGUGCGAUGUAUCGUUGCCAGGCUGCUGCUGAAGGUGUUACUUCUGUCAAGUUCUUUGAUAAGAAGAGAGAUUUGGAGACAUUUCAAGAUGACGAUCAAAUCACAGGAGUGGAUGACACGGAACAAGGUUACUUAGAAGAAGCCUUUGAUCAGGACUAUGAACCUAAUUUUGAAGAUGAAUGUGAUUUUAAUCUACAUGGACAAUUUGAUGAUAUUGAUGACUCUGAAAGAAAUGAGCUCUUGGCAGAUGCAGACAAUGAUGUUGAUGAUAUGCCAGAACUCACUGUCAGAUUCCAAGGGGAUGAUGACUAUGAAUCAGAUGACAACAAUUGA